AUGGAGACAGAACCUUCAUCCUUCUCAUUAUUUAAUACUUCACGUGCGAAGCAAUCUUCUUUGAAUUUUCCAUCACGACCUUUUUUGUUAUCGCAAAGCACUACAUCACUCAUUCCAAGUUUAACAGAAAUCGUUUUAGACUCAGUUGAGCGAUUUGCUGGCGACUUUGCAAUGAACCAACCACAUACCCCAAUAACACUUCCUCCUAUAUUGGCAACAAGACUAAUUCAAAGAGUAUCAAAUAAUCCAAAUGCGACUGAACAAGAUUUGAAUUUGGUACUUUUUCGAAUUUUUGUUGGAGGAACAAGACUAACAAAUUUUGAUAUUCACUCGACACAUUUACUCACAAAGGUGACAUGUUUAAAUAUAUUUCAGUUGUGCCAAAACGCACAAAUCACUACACUUGAUAUUUCAAACGCGAACUGUUCAGCGCCAGAAUCUUUGGCAGUGAUGUUUACAUCAUUUAAGUAUCUCAGAUUUCUCAAUACUGACAGUUGUGUUGCCUUUGAUGAUAACUGUCUUUUUAACUUAAUAUCUAUUCGCCCUCCUCUUGAAAUUCUUAGUGUCUCAAAUUGUCCAAAAAUAACAGACAAAAGUAUCUCAGAAUUAAAGAACAUCCACACACUUCAAAGUUUCAAAGGAAAUCACUUGAAUUUGAAUUUCCAAUCUUUUUGUGCAUUACACAACUUAAAAGAAAUUGAAAUUUUUGGAUGUCAAAACCUCGACGACUUUGCACUUGAAAAAAUUUCAAAAAACAACCCCAAACUUGCUUUUGUGUCGUUUGGAAAUGGAAGAUUGAGUGAUUUGGCUAUACAAAAAUGUGUACAACGACUAAGUGCAAAUGUGGAACACAUAAAUUUAUCUGGAUGUUCAAGAGCAGGACCACUGACUUUAGCACAACUUUUUGACUCACAGUUCAAACUGAAAUAUUUAAAUUUGGCAGGAUGUUUUGGUAUGAAUGGAGAUAUUAUAAUGGAAACUUACCACCCAAUGUUUCGAAGCAAUUUGUUUCGAUGGCUCGAGAACUUGAAAUAUCUGAAUAUAGCGGCUUGUGUGCAAUUUUCGAAUGAAUUUAUAUCAACAAUUUUAACAUCAGCUCCACAAAUCAGUACUUUGAUAUUGGACGACACGUUGAUUGCUGAUAAUGCACUUGAAGAAUUUAUAAAAGAAACAAUUGUUUACAAUGAAACAAUUCGGAGAAGUUUACAUACACCAGGAAUGAAAAUCCAUCCACUUUCUUUGUCACUAAAACGAUGCACAAAAAUAUCAGACAAUGCACUCGCAACUCUUUUUAAGUCCAGGGGCACAGAUUUAAUUUCAAUUAAUCUGUCUUCGUCACCAACAUUGUCAACGUUAUCACUUGCUGUUCUUUCGCUCAAUUCGAACGCAUUAAAAUCGUUUUACGCAGCGAACAAUGACUUAAUCACAGAAAAUUCAUGGAUAAAAUUUGUUGGUAAUUGUAGGGAACUGUCGGCUGUGUUUCUUGGAAAUAACAGAGGUGUCACUAAUCUAGUAUUGUCACAGAUCUGUGUGUCAUGUCCCCAGAUCUCUCAUUUGGACGUUUCAGGAUGUCUUAAUUUAAAUCAAGGAGCUGCCGACAUUUUAGCUAAUAUGAAGAGUUUGCAAUAUCUUGAUAUUUCGUUUGAUGUUGCAAUUGGAGAAGAUGGAAUUAGGAAAAUAGCAAAUUCAUUGCAAAGACUUUCGAAUUUUGCGAUUCAGGGAAUAGAGAUCAGUCGAGCAUACAUUUUUGUACAACAAGCGCAAUGUUUGAAUACACUGAAAUUGAAUUUCUCACAAAAUUGCUCGGAUGAUUUAUUGAGAAACAUUGGUGCAUACUGCCCAUUUUUAUCACAAAUUGAAUUGAGAAUGUGUACAUCAAUCACAGAUAAUGGUGUUAAUAUUUUAAUUCAAAAAUGUUCCAAGGUUGGACAUAUCACUCUUGGGGGAACUUCUGUAACUAAAUUCAAAAUGAUACAACUGGCCAAUUUGGGGCUUUUCGUUUCGUGA